CAUCCCACAUGGUAUUCUGUGAUGGCAACAUGACACUUCUGACCCCCUUACUCUUUCAUUAUUUUUUCAUCUCUCUCUCUUUCUCUCGAUCGAUACGAUCGAUCGAUUUCUUACCACAAUAAAAACCUCACCAAACUUUCCAUCAAUGGCUCAGUGGGUCAUCUCUCUCUCUCUCUCAUUCUUAAUUGAAAUCAUGGUUUUUCUCAUAUGAACCUCUGCACUCCAUCCUCAUCUUCUUUCGGUAACCAAACCAAUCAAAGAACAGUAGAGAAGCCCUCUUAGUUGGACUUAUUGCUUUCUACAUGAAAGUUUAUAUUUUGGAGUUUUAAUUUUCUUUUCCUUUUUAUUCAGUACCUAUUCCUCUGCUCUCUUCUCUUCUGAUUGACUGGUUGGGCCUUAUUCGUUUACUUGAAAAAGCCUUCCUUUUUUCCGUAGAAAUGGAGGUCUGAGCCAAUCAGAACUAAGUUUCUGGCUCUGUCUAUUUCCAAGUUAUUAUCUUAAGGCUAUUGGGAAUGAUACCCAUGUAUGGAAAAUAUUUAUUUCUCUACCUUUUUGAGGAAUUGUUGAAGGCGAAAGUUUCUUGCAGUAAUGCGCUUUACUCCAAUAUUAGCUGUAAUAUUAGUUGGAGUGAGUCGUAAUUUUUGGUAAUAGAGCGUAUGUGAUUUAAUGCAUAAAGAUUUAGAGACAUUUUUCCUAUUUUUUCCUGGUUGUUGAUCGGGUUUACCGAAGUUCUUAGAGGUUUCCUCAGACCCUUGAUUUUGGAUUUGGGGUAAAUCAUAAAACUUGGUAGGCAUUUUAAGGCGCUGAGCGCCAAACUUUUUGCUGUGGUGAGUUGAUUGGCUGAGGAAUUGAGCAAAUGUCUGCAAAGGUUUUACACAUAUUUAGUGAAGAAAAUUCUGAGUUGCAGAAGCAAAUUGGAUGCAUGACUGGAAUCUUUCAAAUGUUUGAUAGACACAAUUUGCUUGGUGGAAGGAGGUUUAAAGGGAGAAAUAAUAAGAAAAUACCUCCAGGAAAUUCCUUUGUAAAUGUCAGCAAUUGUGGACCAGAUAAUGCUACAUGUUCUCCUCAAUUAGUUCUGGAGAAAAAUUUAAGUGAAAACCAAAGAAUGUCAAUGGAAUCAUCUAGAACUUCCUUCUCAUCCUCAUCUUGUUCAUCAUUCUCAUCUAUUGAAUGUAAUAAAUCAACUCUUCAAGGACCAACAUCCUUCAAGCAAGCAAAUUUUCCGGAUAAAUCUGCAAAGAAUUUACCGAAGUCUGAAAGCAAAGAACCACAAAGUCUUUCAGUGAAGUCUUCAUACAAAGAGGAGUUCAAACAGCAUGUACUGACCUACAUUAAUUCUCCAAGACCAAUGCACCUAUCAAAUUCAAUGGAUGGAUCUUAUGUGAUUAAUGGGAUAGAUACCAAGAAAUCAAGAUCACAUUUGGAUCAAAAUGAAUCAUUUAGAGUUCUUAUGAAGAUCAAAGAAGCUCCAUGGACCUUUGAAGGAAAAGAUGUCGCUUUAAAUCGUCGGUUUUCUUAUGAUGGGAGAGAAAUCUCGACCAAUUUUCUUGAUUCUUGUGAGAACGGAAAACGAACAUCAAAACUUAGAGAAUUUGCAAGACUUUCUUUGGACAGUAGGGAGAGUUCUAUGAAGAGUUCUAACUCUAUAAUGAAGGAUUUUGAUGGGAAUAGGAGCAAGAAGGAAAAAAACUUCACAUAUUCAAAUGCUCAAAAAGAAUCUGGAAGCAAGCAAAGUGUUUCUAGUGUUGUUGCCAAAUUAAUGGGUUUGGAAGCCAUACCUACAUUAAGUUCAAAUCAUGAAGAACAAGUUGAUAGCAUAAAUAAUUGCCCAUUAAAUACCUCAAAUGAUGUGAGAGAGAGUUUUGACUCACCGAGGAGCUCUCAAAAGAAUCUAACUAAACACUCUGAAAAAAAUCCAGUAGUAAUUUCAAAACCUUCUUGUACUGCAAAGACUCAGAUAGAACUUGCUCCUUGGAGGAAGCAGAAGAAGAAAAUUCAUGUUACCCAGAACACAUUAAAGCAGCAGCCUGAGACUGUUUACAGUGAAAUUGAGAAGAGAUUGAAAGAUCUUGAGUUUCAUCAUGCAAACAAGGAUCUAAGGGCACUUAAGCAAAUUUUGGAUGCCAUACAGGCUAAAGGGUUGUUGGAAUCCCAGAAAAAUGAACAUCAACUUUCACCAAAAUUAGUUACAAUUAGGGCUGAUGAAAAUCUUAGAUCUCCAAUUGCCCAAAAACCGCAGCUGCUAGCCUCAACAAAGCGAAUUAGUAGUAGAAGAACUUUUGAUAAACCUAUUGUAAUCAUGAAACCUGCAAAAUUGCUCAACAGAUUUGAUGUCUCUGCAACUUCUAGCGAUCAUUUGCAUGGCUUUACCAGAAUUCAAAGGCUAAGAACUAGUGAGGCUGUGGAUAGAAAGAAGGAAUCUUUCAGUAGCAAAUUGGCAAGAGAUUGCAGUCCAAGAGCAAGCCCUAGAAUUAAUGGCAAGACCGAAGAAAAUGACCAGAAAAGUUGUUCAAGAACUGAUCUUGGUUCAUCUAAGCCUCAGCAUUGUUCAAGGGAUAACAAUGAAAAACCGUCAUAUGCUGUGAGUCCCAGGUUACUGCAAAAAAGGCUUGAAGUUGAAAGGAGGAUUCGCUCUUUGGUUUCUUCUUCUGAUUCAAGCAAACAGCAAGUUAAUAAGCAGCCAUCUGAGUCAGUUUCUCCAAGAAUAAAACUUGGACGUCGACCCACUUUAAGUCAGCUGGGAGAUGAGAUGUCUCAGAGAUCAGAUAGCAAUAUGAGCACAGCGUCACAGCUGGAUAUGGAAGAUACAUCAGCAAAGAAAAACUUUGCUUCCCCAAAACAAGGAGGUCAAAAGAAUCCUCCAGAUGCACUGGAUGAAGAAGCUUCCACCUUAGCUCUUGCAGCUGUGGGUGCUGAACAGCCUAGUCCAAUCUCUAUUCUAGAUGCUACAUAUCUUCAUGAUGACCUUCCAUUUGCAGCGGUGAAGAGAAGCACAAAUGUAUCUAAAGGUAAUAAGCUUCCAAAUUCUUAUAACGUCUGUAAAUCUCAUAAGAUAGAUUCUGAGAAUAAUCAGAAGAAACUUGAGAGAAUCGGGAAUCUGCUUCAGAAGCUAGAUAAGCUUAGUUCAACUACAGAAAGAACUUCAACCACAGACCACAUUGCAUUACUAUGUGAAACACAGAACCCGAAUCACCGAUAUAUCUCAGAAAUAUUGUUAGCCUCAGGUCUUCUAAUGAAGGAUCUCAGUUCAGAAUCUUCUAAUUUAAUGCCAAUUCAGCUUCAGCCUACAGGGCACCCUAUUAACCCUGACCUGUUCCUUGUUCUUGAGCAGACAAAAUCCAGCCAAGUAUCCAAGUCUAAAAUCAUAAAUGGAAGUACUUCACUCCAUUGCAAUUUUGAUAUCGAGAAGCUGCACAGAAAGCUUGUGUUUGAUGUUGUUAAUGAGGUUCUUGUUCAGAAACUUGAGCAUCCUAUGAUUCUUCCGGCAAGGAAACUCCAAGGCAGGCUUCCAAGUGGACAACAGCUGCUAAAACAACUAUGUUCUGAAAUUGACCAGCUUCAUACCGAGGCUUUUAAAUCUGAAGAUCCUGAUGAUGAUGAGUACAAUAUACUCGGUGAGGAAAUUCUUCAACAGCUGCCGGUAGAUUGGAAUGAUUACAGAAGAGAAUUUCCCUGCAUUGUCUUGGAUAUUGAACGAUCGAUAUUUAAGGAUAUGAUAGAUGAGCUUGUCUGUGGUGAAGCAUCUAGUUUGAAGUACAAGUCUAGCAGAAGGCACAGGCAGUUGUUUGCCAAAUGAGUGAAGAAAAUAACCAUAAAGUAUAUUUUAUUUUUCCCUUAUCUUCUUCUGUGAGUAGUUAUCGAGUAAAUACAGAAUAAAAUCAGAUGAUUUUCUGCAAUAUGUACAGUAUCAAUGAUAUUGGAACAUACAACAUAUAUGGGUUUAUUCAUAAUCUCUAAAUUAAUUAUAUUGAAUGAAGUUUUCUUAUUA